ACAAUAUUUACACUAAGCGGGACAUGUACAGAAAUAGAAUAGUAAAAAGAAGAACUUUAAACGAACUGAAAUAAUAUGUUAUUAAGUUCCUCAUGUGUUUUGCGUUUCGUUCCGUUUCGUGCUUUGUUGGAUCAUCCAAGAUAUCUAAGGCCCAUAGUAAAACUUGGUAAAGAUAAAUUCCAAGUAUGUAUAGACGUACGGCAAUUCAAUAAAGAUGAAAUCAGAGUGAAGGCACGAAAAGAAUUCAUUGUUAUUGAAGGCAAACAGGAGCGAAAAAUGAAAAAUGGAUUUGUUAUUAGGCAGUUUGAACGCAAAUACAAACUACCAUCAGGAUGUAAUCCACAUUCAGUGUACUCAACCCUCAAACCCAAUGGCAUGUUAACAGUAACAGCACCGCGAGAAGUAAGUGACGAUAUAAACCUACGGACCGAAAUACCCAUCCCUAUAAAAUUCUGCAGUCCAGACUGCAAUGAAGAUCCACAAUGUGCGGAAGUUGAGGAACCAAAAAAAUCUUUAAAAUCUCUAUGUGAUUACUAUUUGAAAAAAGAUAAGCCGAACAACGAAAAAGAUGGUCAAGAUCAGUGUAAUCCACCGCCACCACCACCAUGUCCACCGUGUCCACCGCCACCACCAACUUGCCCUCCACCUCCGCCAAAGACGUGAUUUUUUUUUAUUUGCGAUUACAAGUGUUCUUUGUCAUUUUGAUUCUUUUACUUUUACAACGACGGAGUAAAAUUGUAUUUAUAGUUUUAUGGAGGAAAACUAUAAGGCCCGGCGGCACGGCUUGGGAUUUCAGCUUAACGUUAUGACUUCAUAAUUCAAAUUG